AUGGCGUUGGCCUCGCUGAAUUCGUCGCGAGCGCUGGCCUAUUUGACGGAGCGCGGUGAGGAUGCACUAUAUGCCGUCAAAGGCAUAUUGGGUGGUUCCGGUUCGUCACGAUACCUGGAUACUGGCGAAGAUAAGCUCGCAGCGGUGCAGGCACAGCUGGAGAGCAGCCAGGACGUGGAGCGUCUUGAAGGACUAAAGCGCGUAGUGGCCAUGAUAUCCAAGGGGCGCGACGCCACUCCAUACCUAGCAUCUGUUUUCAAGCUCUCUUCCACUACGUCUCUGGAAAUUCGCAAGCUCGUGUACAUUAUUGUGCUACGCUAUGCGCCGGCCCACCCUGAUCUGGCUCUGCUCUCGAUCAAUAGCUUCCAACGCGAUCUGUCGGACCCUAACCCCUUGAUACGUGGAAUGGCUUUGCGUGCUUUGAUUGGUAUCCGGCUGAAGGUUGUAUCUGCGAUUGUGCUUUUGGCCGUAAGCAAGGCUACGCGUGAUGCUCAUCCCUAUGUUCGCCGUAUCGCUGCUUUUGCCCUCCCAACAUGCUACCAGCUGGAUGACAGUCAGUACGACACACUCCUUGCGCAUCUUGGCACAUUCCUGCAGGACAGAUCGCCACUCGUGCUGGGACCGGCGCUCUUGUCCUUUGCCGAACUGUGCCCGGACUAUUGGACGCUGCUGCAUCGCCACUUCCGCAAGUUGUGCCACGCCUUGGUCGAUAUGGACGAGUGGUCCCAGCCGACCUGCGCACAAGUGCUCGUGCGUUACGCGCGAGCCAAUCUGCCACAGCCGCAGCCGGGUGUCGAUGUCGAUCCGGAUCUGGCCCUGCUACGAAGCGCACUGGCAAACCUGCUCACUCAUGUCAACCCUGCAGUGGUACUGGCCGGUGUCCAUGCUCAUGUGGCUGUGGCACACACUAGCGAUAUGGCCUGUGUGAUACCACCUCUACUGCGCCUCCUCCAGGGCCCACCCGAGGUGGCGUAUAUGGCGGUCCUGAACGUAUUGGCGUUGUCUGAGUCGCAGGCCGACCAUUUUACGCCACACCUGCUUCACUUUCUCGUGGGUGCCACGGAUCCGGCCUACCUCGCGCGCCUCAAGAUUCGCGUGCUGGUUCGCCUCGCUACCGAAGCGAACGCCUCUUUGCUGGUGCAGGAGCUAGUAACUUAUGCACAGGCUGCAGCUGAGUCUGUGGCCACGGACAGCAUGACAGCUCUGGGCCAAGUGGCAUGUCGCUACGAUGCAAUCGCUCCGCAGGCCCUCCAUUUGCUGAUGGACGUCGCGCAAGACCCAUCGCUGCCAUCCAGGACGCUAAGCCGUGCUGUACAAGUCCUGAAAACUCUACUGCGCGUCAGCUCUGACGCAGCGGCGGCAAGCAUUGUCGCUCGUUUCGCUCUUCGUUUAUUUGUUCCUCUUGCACAGCGAGGACGAUCCGCAGAUGCGCCUCGUAUACGUAUACUUUUGGAUCCUGACUCCCGCGCAGCCGUACUUUGGAUGUUGGGCCAGUACUGCCUGGCCCCUCUGGCUGACGAAACACUCCUGACAUGUCUCGUCCCCGACAUGCUGCGAUGUCUCGUGGCCCACUGGGCUAAGGAGCCGCAGAAAGUACAGUGCCAAGCAUUGACGCUCUCUGCCAAGGCCUUCGUGCACUUAGACUCAGUGGGAGACACAGCCAUUCGCACAGCUGUCAUGGUACUUCAUUAUGAGCUGCUCUCGCUUGGAUCUUCAAGUGCAGACAGUGACGUGCGCGAUCGCGCACGGUUCUACAGUGGUCUGACACGCGGGCUUUUUCAAGACGACGAUUUGACUGAGGAUACACUGCCGGAUGAUAUUCAAGCCUACCUUGCCUCGCAUCGCGACCUAGACCGGUUCCGACUCCCAGGCGUGCGCCUCCGCCGCGCACAGGUGCAGCAUGUCUUAUUUGCGCGAGAUUUGUCAGAGACAUCGCCGCUGGAGCAGCUGACACUGGCCUCUAUGUCUACAGAUGAGCUCGCAAGCAUGUCCUCUGUCACAGAUGGCGUCCAUCUCGUUGGCUGGCGCCAGGCGCAGCUGCCUCCCUGGAGCGAGCCCGAGGCGCGACCGCCUGCGAUCGUGCGUAUGCCAGACCCGACUUCUCUCAAGCCUCACUCGUCCGUAAGUGCCCAGCGUCCGUCUGGCGCUUGGCUUGAAGAGAAACGCUCGUUUGGCAGUGACACCGUGCAUGGGGAUGGACGACACGCGGAGCGUGUCGUACUGGAGCCUUGCGUGACCUUAUCUCGGACGCGAGCCGUGCCCCAAGCGAGCGCGCGAUAUGAAGAUCUCGACGCUUUCCUAGAAGCAGAAAGUAAUGCAUCGGCUAGCGAUGCUGCGAGCCUCGACGAUCCCGCUGCUGAAGACGAAGAGUACGUAGUGGACUCGUCUUCCUCGUCCGGCUUGGACGAUGAUUUGUAG